AUGCGGCAUGCGGCAUGCGGCAUCUCAGCGUUCAACGAGCGUGAAAAGAAGCGAGUCGGCAAGGACAGCUACAGCUAUCAGCAUAAUUACGUGGAUCGCGUGCGCCUGGAGGAUACGAACGGCAAUCAUUAUCAGCAGCAGCAGCAGCAGCAGCACCAUCAGCACUACGCACACCACCAUCAGAAGACCACACACGAUCCACGCUGUCCGCAGCUGCGCGCCGCUGGCUGGCGUCACACGCACAAAUCUGUCUCGCAUCUCGAUUUGGCCACCAGCUGCCAUGGCGCAGCUGGCGCUGGCAUAGAUCACAGGCAGAGGCAGCUGUUGCACCAUCAGUCGCACCACCCGCACCAUCCACAGCCGCCGCUGACGCCGCACGCGCAGCCCCAUUGGACACAGUGCCGCGUGGGCAUUGCCACCGCCGUUGGCCAGGGUCAGCUGAGGAACGCUCGCUCUUUGGACUACACGCAGCUGGAGCGUGAGGAGAACGCCUUGGACAUAGCCGAGUUCUAUUGGCGAUUCGAUGCGGAAGCGCCGCUUGAGCAGGUCGACAACUACGCGGUUAAUGAUAACUACGAGUCAGCAGCUCCUUCCCCCGCUGCAACACCAGUAGCCGCAGCCUCCGCGCCAGCGGGCACAACAGCAGCAGUAGCCACGACAACAACAGCAACCACAACAUCGGGGGCAGCAACAGCAGGGGCAGGUGCAACAGCGACAGUUACUGCCACAUUCCUUGACUUUGGCAGCGAGUCGUGCAGCUUGCGAAGAUCGCGCAGCUUAGCCGUGAUACGUGAGGAGACAUUUAGCGAUCUGCAAAUUGGCUCCGCAAAUAGCAGUCGCCGGCGAUCGCAGCUCAUACCGCGUGCGCGGCUAGUUAAUCGCGGUUUUUUCCGCGAAUCGCCAAGACUGCACAGCAAACAGCAGCAGCAAAGCGCAGCGAGCGAGCAGACUGAGGCAGAGGCAGAGGACACCCAGAGCAAUACAAGCGGUGCAACUACUUGCGAUUCGCAUCAGCAGCAGCACCAAACGCUGCUACAGCAACAGCAGCAUCAACAGCAACAGCAACAGCAACACCAACAGCAGCAGCAACAACAUAAGCAUCAUCAUUGUCCACAGAGACAGCGACAUCAGAACGACGCUCGUGACUUUGACGUCUAUUACGAUAAUCUUAAACGCUUGGACGCCUUGGCAUUGGGCCUGAGCGAGCAACUGCAUCCGUGGCACAACGACAAAAGCGAUUUGGAGAGCUUGAACUCGGAUUACUUUAAGAACUCACUGCACCAGAACCACUCCGAGCAGCAGCAACAGCAGCCGUCCUCGUUAGAAUUUGAGGCACUUGAGCAAGCGGUUACCCUGCUCAGUGAGCGGCCACGCAUCUAUCAAUCCCGUAGACAGCAACAGCAGCAGAGGGCACAUCAUCACUGCCAUCAGCAGCAGCGACACAUUGAUCUGAGCGGCGAGUCGUGUCCCGAACUUAGUCAGAGCAGCGUAUUCCCAGAGACAACCACCAGCAAUUCGGACGAUCAAACUGAUAGCCCUUCGCUCUCCGAGCAGGAAUACGAUCUGACGCACAUUGAGCAAAUCUUUCAGCAAAGUGAUGCUGGCGAAGUGGAAGAGAGCUACGAGCUGAUCAGCCUAACAACUACGACACGCACACGCUUCGAGAGCAGCGAAGAGGAACACGGCGAGGAGGAGGACUUGACUGAAGCUGAGCAGAGCCUAACCACGCCCAAUGACACAGCAGCCAGCGACAGCGAUGGCACAUUGAAGCGUGCACAUAGCGAUCAGUUAGACAAGCUAAUUGCCUAUGACUCGGUAUACUUGUCGUCCGAGGACAGCUCCGAGUGCACUCUAAUAGGCGAGAGCUGUGAGAGCUUCGAGAAGCGCACACUCACCAGCUGCCUGGAGAGCGGAGAGCUAGAAACACGUAGCCUGCUGCAUAUAUCAAUAGAGGAUAGUGUAUACGAGCCCCAACCCAAGCAGCAUAAAAAGGAAGAGGAGCGAGAGAGGGCGCGCGAGCCAGAGCAAGAGCAAGAGCAGGAGCAGCCACUGCUGACCACUGCCAAGGUAGAGGCACAGAUAUAUACACAGGUGCUCAAGGUUGAGCAGGCGCCCAGCAGCGCCAUCAAUGUGGGCGUCACGUCCAGUGCAGCCAGCAAGCCGAGAAUUCUGAGUGUGGUCGAGAAGCGGAAACUGAAACAGGAAGAACUAAAGCAACCGACUCCGCCCGAACUAAAGCGCCAGGCAACUGACACCUUUGUGGUGACAACGACGCACAAAUCGAAUCUAACUGAGAACCAGUAUCACAGUCUUCCGGAUGUUAAUAUUGGUGUUAGUCUAAAAGUUUGCGAAAAUAUUGACAAGGAGCUCCGGACAUCCUACAAUCUACAACGUCAGCAGCAGCGCAAGGAAUCCAAGCGACAGAAAGGCGGCGAGAGCGGGGAGGUGACACGAGCAGAGACCUACGAUUCCAUAAGACGCUUUGGUCGAGCUCAUCAGAAGGCCAGGCAAAAGGAAUACGAGGAACGUGAAAGGCAGCGCGAGAGGGCAGAGACCACUCACGCAGCGAAAAAGGAAACUAACCAAGAGGCAGAGACCGAGCAAAGUGAGGAGCAUAAAGGAGAAGCUGUGCAACAGGAAUUACCCGCACCCCUUGAGGUGGAAGUAGAUGUUGAGCGGAGCAUUGAAGCGGAAGAGGAGCCACUGCCACCACCACCACCGCCCAUAGCCGACGACGAGCUAAACGAACACUAUUUAAAUAACGAGACCGAAGGCGAUAACAAUAACGAUAACGAUAACCAAUCAGUGUCCCUAGCCCAGCUGGAGCAGCCCAAGGAGGCGCCCGUCAUUGAGGUGGCGAAUUUCAGCAAGUUAAUUGAGCGACGCGCCCAAGAGAUCAGACAGCGAGCCAAGGAACAGCCCGAGGAGACAUCCCAGCCACCAUCCUUUCGCAUUAUUGUCACCGACGCACACAACAACAUAAUUCAAACGGAAGCGAUUCAGGAGGAGCAGAGCAAGUCAAGCACAGCGCCCACAUCUGCUGGAGCUACAAAUUCAGUGCACUCCAAUUCACAGCGCUCGUUGCGACGCUCCAGCAGCUCAGCGGGUGGCAAACCGCCAGAGCGCCGAGUGCUCAGCGUCGGAGCUGCCAUUUAUAAGGCUAGACCCAUUAAGGUGCUGUCAACGGCCAGCGGCGAUUCGUUCGCAAAAAUGUCGCGACCGCAAAUUCUGCAUGUUGUGGACAGCAGCAGCCGCUGUGGCAAUGGCGCCGGCAACCUGCGGCGACGCAGCAGCGCCCGCAGCAUAGCCAGCAAUGUCAGCAAUGAAGGCGGCGAGGCAGCCACGGAAUUCCUGCAAAAAGUUGGUGCAGUCAAAUGUUAUUGGAAGCGGCUAGCGGGCAAUGAGCCAGCCAAUGAAGAGUCCAAUGCGAAGCAGAGUUCGCGACUCAAUUUCCAGCUGGGCACAAAAGUGACGCCGCAGAGCGAGAAGCCUUCAGGCGGCAACAAUGCCGACUACUGCAGCAUCAUGCCGCCCUCGAUUGAGAUUGUGGAGCUGGGCGACGGUGCACAGAAGGCAACGAUUGUGAGUGCUGCACAGCAGGAGCGACAGGAGGAUGAUGAUGAGGAUGCGGCACAGUUUGAUCAUAUACGCUACAAGGUGCUCAAGUCGCAACAGCUGAUUCGCAGCAACAUUCUGACCACACGCAACAAGAAGGAGGCGCAGUUCGAUGGACUCAUUCAAUACCUGCAGGACUACAGCUUUCAGGAGCUGUUGAGCAACAAUAAUGUGGUUAUCGUGGAGCCGGUGCGUACUAAAAUCGAACGACCCCUAACUGUGGGUGUCACAGCAGCGCCACCAAAGCCUCCCAGGCAGACAAGCGCACAGCCAGGUACGACGGCGCCCAAGAAGGUGGUACAGCGUCAGGUGGGCGGCGCAGGUGCGAAGAGACACUUUUUCUACCAGCCCGUGAGAGUCAACCGGGAACUCUAUGAGGACGAACUGCCCGAUCCGGAUACGGUGCGCAAUGUGCGUCGCUUCUUUGAGCGCAACGUGCUGCCAACACCUGGUCAAGGUAUACUCGCGCAUUCGCGGCAAAAGUUUGGUGGUUCCGCCUGUCACCUGAGUCCGAAGAGCCGGCGGGCGCAUGGCUAUCGCUAUUUGACCAUCGACACAAGCUUUGGUGCAGCAUCAGGAGGCACUGCCUUGACCGAGGAGCAGCCCAAGGGCAUGGAACUGCUGGAGGAGCACAAAGUCAAGCACUGGGACAAUGCCAGCCUAUCGAGCGGCAUAUCCAGCGGAGACCUGUCAUCGCCCUGCGGCGAAUGCCACAAUCAGACCGAAACGUUGGCUAAAGAGUCGCCCGUGAUGGCAUGCAAGGGCGUGCACGUGCUGGACGUGGUGCGGCGACACAAUAGCAAUGCGGCGAAUGCCAAGGCCAGAGCAAAGCUGGCCAGCCGGCGCACCUGGUGUGUGGGCGGGGCGGCAGGUGAUUCGCGCUACCGACAAAUUUAUGAGCACAAUUUGGGACAGACGCAGCUGGAGGCGGACACGCAAGAUGAGCACGACGGACAGGAGAAUGAUAAUCAUGACGAAGACGUCGACGACGACAAUGAGGACGACGACGUGGAGACGGACAUGUGCGAGUCAUAUUAUGUGAGCAAUGACGUGUUGGCUAAAAUACGAGAAUGCGGCUCCACAGUUACCUACUAUGGCGGGCAAGUGCUGGAGAGACAAGCGCCCACAACUCCAGCAACAGCAGCAAAGGCAAUGCAUAUAAAUCCACGUUUGAUUAAUGGAAAUUCGAGCACUGCUACACGCUUGCGAGUGCGCCAAAUCGAGUCGUGCAAUGUCUGUCCGCCCCUUGAGAGCUGUACGCACAACCGGGAACAGCAACAGGAUUCGUAUCAGGGCAUUAAAUUCAAGCUGGUCAAGUCGAACAGCUGCAGCAGCCGGCUGGAGCUGGCGGGCACUGAUGAAGGUGACUCCUUGCUGGCAGAUAGCGAAGUGGUGCGCAAGAUGGUUCAUCACUUUGAGUGCAGCCGACAGCCAGCAGCUAGCGAUGGCCAUCUGACCAUUAACAGUCAAAGCACCGCCGCCAAGAGAGCACAGCUUCACCAGGCGGCAGCUCGUCGACAAGUGACAGUAAAUAAUCACAUCAAUGUGCUGCGAGAGGCAUCGCAGGCGGAGCUGAGUGAGUCCCAAGAUGUGCAUGAUAAGCAGAUUGGAGGCGCAACGACUUAUCAGAGCCAGGCCAUGAACAUACGGCUUGACUUAAGUGCGGGGCGUGGCAACAGCAGCUCUGAUAAGCCAGGCAAUAACAGCAAAGUAUGUCGCAAUAAAAAUGUGGAUUUGGCCUAUACGCUGGCCAAACAGCCGGAAGCUAGGCCAGGGCACGUUGUCAGUCCGAGCGCGCCCACUGCCAAUCAGCACACAUUAAUGAAAUUGACCAAAAAGCCGGAAAUCACAGCUCGUGAACAAAUCAUAGUGCCUGUGGAAAUACACCAGACGCAACAACAACCAACGACACUCAAUCAGGAGCGUCGACUGAGCAAUGCGAGCAGCAGUGCAUCCAUUGUGGACAAAACUGUGGUGCGACACUAUGUGGCCAAUGACAAGAGUAUCUACGAGCGACGCAAAUACGACGAAAUCGAGUUUGAGGAAUUCGAAGUCUACGAUCCAGCCAAAGAGCUGGAACGCCAGCAACAGGAGCAGCAGGCCGAGCAGGCCGAGCAGUCGCAUCAGGCAGAGCUCUCCAGAGACUCCAUAGACAAGAGGCACACGGAUGGCGAGCUCUACGACAGCCUCGACGAUAAAAUGUAGAAGAAUGCUCAAUUGGAAAACAAGCAACGACUUUUUGGGCUUUGGGUAAACGCUAAGGUUUCUCUUAUAAGCUAAACAUAUAUGAAAUAUAAAUUAUAUAGCCUAGCAUUACAUAAGCACACAGCUUUACAGGUAAAGCCAAAAACAACAAGCAAGAAGAAAGAAAGAGAAAAACCAAACAUCCAAAAAAUAUAUUAU